CUCCGCUCCACCCACCGCCAUCAAAAUCCCCUUCGGAUCCCAUUCCCUCCCCCACUUCUCUCUCUCAAAGAAAAGAAUCUCCGAGGCUUCACUUUCUCCUCUUCUCGCUUCGGAUCCUCUCAUCGCCGCCUGAUCUAAGCGGGGAGCGAGCGAUGGCGCCCCGGCUGUUCUCGUGCUUCGGGCGGGGGGCCGCCUCGACAUCGUCGGCAUCGCCGGAGUGCAACGCGACUGCGGAUCUGACUGCGGAGGAGCAGCGGCGGAUGGGGCCGGUGCUGCUGGAGCUGUUCUCGUCGCAGGGGUGUGCGACGUCGCCGGAAGCGGAGGCCGUGGUGGCGAGGCUGGCGCGCGGGGAGCUUCCGGGGCUGGAGGAGGAGGUGCCGCCGGUGGUGGUGCUGGCGUUCCACGUGGAGUACUGGGAUUACAUGGGGUGGAAGGACCCCUUCGGGUCCAGCAUCUGGACGGUGCGCCAGAAGUCCUACGUCGAGUCGCUCAAGCUUGACACGCUGUACACUCCCCAGGUGGUGGUGCACGGCCGGAGCCAGUGCCUCGGCACCGAUCAGGAUGCCAUCGUCUCCGCCGUCCGAUCUGCGCCCCGCUACGCCUCGCCCACCCUGCAGGCGACGUUCUCGAAGCCGUCGCCGGAGACCCUCCAGGUGUCCUUCACGGGGGCGCUGCGGACCAAGGUGGACGGGAGCGGUGCGGACGUGAUGGUGGCGCUGUACGAGAAUGGGCUGGUGACGGACUGCACCAAGGGAGAGAACAAGGGGAAGGUCCUCCCCAACGACCACGUCGUCCGCCGCAUGGUGAAGCUCCUCUCCGUCAAGGACGCCUCCGCCAAGAAGAACCUCUCCGGCUCCGUCCAGUUCCCCCUCUGGGACGGCUUCAACCCGGCCAAGUGUGGCCUCAUCCUCUUCGUCCAGAACGCCUCCCUCCGCACCUUUGGCGUCCAGCACUUCCAGAUCCCUGACACCGUCUGAUGUUAUGCAUGACUGAAUCAUGAUGAUGACGAGGAGGAGGAGGAGGACAAAAAUUGCCGGCCGUUAGAUCAUUCGAUCCAUCAUUCUGUACAGGGGCCUCGUGGUGUGUUUGCGGUGUUUGCUUUGAGAUUCUUCUUCUUUUUCAUUUUUUUUUUUUUUGUCUUAUUUGAUCUUUUGGGAGGGAAUUGUUUCGUCUAGAAUAUGGGGGAAGGAAGGAGAGGUGGGAAUUUACGGUGGUUGGGAUUUCAGUCGGUGGAAGAGAGUCGAUGUAUUCUUUUAAAUAGAAUUGUCUACUUGGAUUAAAGAGCAUGCUUAUAUCUUAAUAUUUCAGUUUAUCAACAUCUAA